AUGCAGCGCGACGAUGGAACUUCCAUCAGCAUUCCGAAGGGGGUUGACUGGCGUACCGAAGCCAAACAAAUGGGGAAAUUGGCGACAAGCAAGCCCAUUCUCCUGCUGGCACCACUCUUUUGGUACUUUGGCUGGUGCCAGGCGUACCCGGGCACAUAUCUGGCGACAUAUUUCACAGUGCGCUCGCGUGCGCUAGGAAGUUUCCUCCCUGGAUUUGGCGUGUAUUUGUUCGAGCGCAUUAGCAUGGGCAUCGUCGAAAACUAUAUCUACUGGUGUAUCGGCAAUCUUUCUGAUUCACCCGGUUACCAGAUUCGCUAUAGCUCGCUGCUUCGGGGCAUUGAAACGGCCGGUGUUGCCGUAUCGUUUGGUGUGCAGGCCGUCCAACAGCUCUAA